AUGGCCGGCGAAGCAACAUGCUUUGCCACUACGGGGUCGGCGUCGCAACUUUUUGCAUCGGCAAUAAAUAUUCUGACAGCCGCGCAAUGUUUAGUGCCUGACAUGAAAAGUGCCUAUGGAACAUCACCUGAUCAGGAUCAUUUCGAUAUGAUAAUUGUGGGAGGAGGAACUGCCGGAAGUGUUUUAGCAAAUCGACUCAGCGAAAUAGACGAGUGGAAUGUUUUGGUUCUCGAAGCUGGACCGGAGCCACCCAUUGAAUCUGAUAUACCAAAUCUAGAAGGUGCAUUAUAUAGAAGCAAAUAUGAUUGGCAAUAUGGUACAAAAAAUGAUGGUAUUACACUUCAAGGAUUACGAGAUGGUUCAGUGCAAUGGCCUCGGGGAAAAAUGCUUGGAGGUGGCAGUUCCAUGAAUGCAAUGUAUUAUGUAAGAGGCAAUGAUCACGACUUUCAGACUUGGUAUGAUGAAGGAAAUCCAAGCUGGUCACCGGAAAAUGUAAAUUCCUAUUUUAGAAAAGCAGAAAAUUUUCAAGAUAUGGAACUUAACAAAGAUCCUAAAAUAUACGAAACGUACGGUCAUGAUGGCCCACUUGUAAUAAAUACAUUUAAUUCAUCAUAUGCAGAUACCAUACAAAAAGUUUUAGAUUCAUGGGAUCACAUUGGAGUAAAGCAGGUACCUGAUAUUAACGCGGCGAAGUUCGAAGGACGUGGAUUAUGUUCAUUUUCAAGAGCAACUGCGGCAAAUGGAGUAAGACAAAGUACCUACAGAGCUUAUUUGAAUCCAGCUAACAAUAGACAAAACCUGAAAAUUGUUACAAAUGCUUUUGUGACAAAAAUAUUAAUAAACGAUGAUGCACAAGCGUACGGUGUAGAAGUUGAUAUUAAUGGAGAACAAAAAACAUUUUAUGCAGACAUUGAAGUUAUUGUUAGUGCUGGAGCCAUAAACUCUGCUCAAAUUUUAAUGUUAUCAGGGAUUGGUCCUAAAGAACAUCUUGCAUCCCAGGAUAUUUCAUGUAAAGUAAAUUUGCCUGUCGGUCAAAAUUUGCAAGAUCACCCGUAUGUUCCUAUUCCAAUUUGUGGGAAUAAACCUGGACGAGACAAUGAAGAUGAAAAAAUGUUUGAAGUUUUACGAUACUUUCAUGAUAAAACUGGAUAUUUACAACAAGGGUCUAUAACUAAUAUGGCUGCUUUCUUUUCUCGAUGUGAAAACAUGACUUACCCUGAGUAUCAGUGCCACCUUGUAAUGUUCCCACAAAAUUCAACUACUGCUCGACCGUAUCUUAAUACAUUCGAAAAUAAUGUGGCCGAUUCUAUCACACAAUGUCAUUCGCAUAACGCAUUAUACAUUUUAGCGCUGCAUUUAUUGCAUCCGUUUUCAAGAGGAAAUAUUUCUUUGAUUUCAUCAGAUCCAUAUGUUUAUCCUGAUAUUUAUGCUAACUAUUUAAGCGAUGAAAGAGAUCUUCAGGCAUCAGCGGAUGGUAUUAUGAUAGCAUCAACUUUAGUAGAUACUCCUUACUUUAAAUCUAUCAAUGCCUUUAUUCCUAAAGUAGACUUGCCACAAUGUGAUGAAUAUGAAUUUCUAAGUGAACUUUAUUGGAAGUGUUACUCAAAACAUAUGACACAAACAGUGUUUCAUCCUUUAAGUACAGCAAAAAUGGGUCCAGAUCCAAAAGAUUCCGUAGUUAACAACUUCUUAAAAGUUUAUGGUGUCGGUGGUUUACGUGUUGUAGAUGGUAGUAUAAUGCCGUACGAAACUAGCGGUAACACUAAUGCACCCAUUAUUAUGAUCGGAGAAAUGGCCUCCGAUAUGAUUAAGGAUGAAUAUCUUUCUAAACCAAUAGACGAUACAGCCAGUGCAUAA